AUGGCUAUCAGAACAAACUCAUCUGAGUAUUAUUGGUCUUAUGAAUAUUACUGGGACUAUUUGGAUCCAGUUCCUGUAGAUGAAAGGAAGUUGAAGGCUAAUAAAUAUUCAAUUGUCAUAGCCUUUUGGGUUGGGCUUGCUGCAUUUGUGGGGUUUCUGUUCCUUAUAUUGCUCUACAUGUCCCGAUCUGGGUCAACACCAGUCAAACAAGUGCUUGUAGGUAACCGGAUAGAACAUCUGGAAGGAAGUAGCUCCAAUGUUGAGCGGCUGCAUUGUGAUCAUCUCAGUAGUCCGAACUCAGACUUGAUCGCUACUGAACUACGUAAUUCUUUUUCAGACGAAACUGGCAUUCAUGGAAGUAUCUCGGCUUGAGUGAGAGCUAGAAAUGGAUUCCUUGAAAACCAAUCAUAGUGGGAAGACACAAGAAUGCUCUUGAUACCUAUUAGUAGCUGUAUAAAAUUAAACUAAAUUAGCCCUGAAAAAGAGAAUAAAAAUAAUUUUAAAAACUAAAGCUAAAAUUCAAAAUAUUCAAACCUAGAUGCCUAAUGAGUUAGGCUUCUCAAGCCAUUUAGGCACCUAACUAGACUUGCUAAUUAUUAGAGGUGCUGAAUAAUCCCAGAUCUUGCAAAUGUUGACCAUUGUCAAGUUACUAAUGUACUAGAUGUAAUAAAAACUUAAAAAAAUAAUC